CUCACCGCACGCACAGCCGCGACAAUGGCGCCAACAUACCUCGAAACCCUCAGCGCGUUCACCACUUUCCUAACCGCCUACACCCACACGCUGCUCUACCUACGUACACUCUACCCACGAACAUCCUUCGUCCACUCACGCUUCCACAACACCUCCGUCUAUCAGUCACGACAUCCACUCGUCUGCGAAUGGAUACGCGAUGCCGUUGCCGCUGUGCGUGAGGAGCUGCUUCAAGGCACCGUAGCACGCAUUGGAAUCGUAGUAUUCAGCUACAGAGGCGAGGACAAGACGGGAAGCGCCAAGAUAAUGGAGCGCUACAUGUUCGACGUAUCCGCUUUCCCUGUCGUAGAAAAAAACGAGCGGAAUAUGGGGAUUGAAUGGGACCGUAAUUCUUCCUCCCCUCCCUCCCCAACCGGCUCCGAUAACGAAGACAGCAAUGCGAGGAUGAAGGGCAAGCAGAAAGCUCUUGACGUGGAUGUAGAUACCAACCUGUCUGAACAAUUUCGCGCCGCACUCAUCGCCCUUACAACACGCACCUCGCAGCUUGCACCACUCCCUCCACACUGCUCAUUCAACGUCAGUAUGGAAUUGAAGGACGAGGGCGACGUGGAUCCGCCAAUUGGACAUCCGCAGCCGUGGAUACCGGUACAGCCCAGUCUGCAGAAGACCGGACGGAAGGCUACCAGCAGGAAUGAAGACGAGGAGGAAGAAAUAGAAGCCGGAACACGAAGGAACGAGCAAGAAGGCAAGGAUUUGGGAGGCGUAAAGGUCACACCGAUCAGAAGCGUAGAAGCUGGGGUUUUUAGAUUCGAGACAUGGGUCGAGGAGGGCAAGGCGAAAUUCGAAAUGGAAGAGCAGGGUAGCUCAAAGACGAGCUUUGCGAGUUCGUGGGACUGA